UUUUCAUUACUUCCAUAAAACCAGAUGUUUCCUUCUCAUUUUCCUGUUUUCAUGUUUGCAAGAAUAUAUAUGCGGACGCGAGUUUCGCUACUAAUAAAAAAUAGCUGUUGUCACUGGGUGUCUGCAAUAAUAGGGUCAGGAAUAUUUUGAGAACCGAAUGAACAAGCACCUUACAGACUGUGAUAAAUGCAUGGGCAACCUAAGUUAUUUUGUUAAGAAAUAUCAUAAUGCUUGCAUAUAAAUCCUAUAUUUUGCAAUAAAAAAUAUUUGUCUGUGUUACUAGUUUUGUAAAAUUAGUUUUUGUAAUUAAUCCAUGUAUUAUCGUUUCAGAAGUUUAUGGCCAAUUCCUAUAUAUUACACAGCGGGAGAUAAUACAGAUUGGAAUCGUCACAUAAAGAUGUGGAUGAAAUCAAAAAAUACUACAAUAAGGAACAUCGUGGAAAAUGACCAAUGGCUUUACGUGGACGGAACUAGUCUGAGUUACUCUUUAAUUAAUUACGAUCACCAAAACUGGAAAUUGUUGGCUGAACAAUUGCUAAAAAACCAUCAGGUGUUCCCAUACACUCAACGCUUCAAACUUUUAUCGGAUGCAUCUGCUUUACAUAUGAUGAAUCACACAACUUGCGACACUAUCUUCGAUCUAUUUCUGUAUUUGCCAAAGGAAGAAAUAUCAUUUUUAAUACCACAUGUGAUUGAAACAAUAGAAUAUUUUAAUAUGAACCUUCCGGAAAACAUGAUGGAAGAUUGGAAUAACUAUUUAUUUUAUCUGUUACCACCUCUCUACGAGAAGUUAAAUUUAGAAGAUAUGGAUAAAUAUACAAUAGGAUAUAAGAGACUCUCUUACCGAGAAAGUAGACUUUUCGAUGUAGUUUGUGAUCUAGGAUAUCCACCUUGCAUAGAAGAAGCAAAUAGAAAAUAUAAAAUCUGGAAAGCGAGGAGAGAUAAUGAAACAGAACUAUCUUGGGGUAUAGUUUCUACCGCUUCUUGCGUCGGAAUAAAAAAAGGAAACGAAGAAGAUUGGAAUUAUUUCUAUGACAAAUAUUCCAAUUCUGAAUAUUUUUCUUAUAUUACAGUACGUGCAUUAUUAUGUUCUCCCGAAGAACGUCUGAGAAACAAAGUUUUAAACGUCAGUAAGGACUUAGAAUCCUUAAUUUCUGUAAUUUCUGUUGCUACCGGAAUAAGAGAAACUUGGACAGAUCUGAUUCGAAUAUAUAACGAAAACAUCGUCUAUUUUAUAGAAAAUGAUCUUAAGAAUGCUUUAUAUCUCACAAGUACGUUAAUGAUUAACGAAGAGCUUUUUCAAAAGCUGGAAUCUAUUAUAAAAUUUCGUUUAAAAGAAAUUAAAGAUGAAACGAUUGUGAAAAAAUUUGAAGAAGCUUUGAGCGAAGGCCGAGAAAAAUUGGAAAUGUAUAAGCCUUUUCGAAGAUGCGCCGAAAAUUGGUUGAAAGAAAAGAAGUGGAUCAGUUAAUUCAUUACCUUAUUAAAUUAUGAAAAGUUUUCUUAGUUUCUAUGAUUUGUGCUAAAUGAUGUAAAGAAUAUAUAAUCCUUCUACUGUAUCAUUGCUUGGACAUAAUAUGACUUAUAGCAAUUCAUGGACAAAUGCUAACUCUUAUAAUAUUUAUCAAAAUUUUUAUCCAAAAAAAAUUGCCGUGAUUUCGAGAUAAUUACGAGACUAGUAAGAAUAAAUCUAACUGCGUCAUAUAAAAUGCUGAAUGAAUGACGUAACCUUUCAAUAUGAAUGCAAUUGCUUUCGGUUUAAACAUUUUAGGAAGAAUCACACAUCAGAAGCUUACCAGAAAUUAUAGAAGUUGCUUAUUUCAAGUUUUCACAAAAAUGUAUUAAUAUUUCGAGUAUUUUCUUCUCGUUAAUCUAUAUACUAUAUUUUGAAGAUUAAUAUGAGUGAUUUAUGAUUUGAAAUGUAUAUAAAUGAAUAACCAUCCAUUAAAGAUUAUUUAAUGUAAA